GGCAUCCACAACCUCCUUGGGCAACCUGUUCCAGUGCUGGGAACAGAAUGGGAGCAGAUCUCUCAGAAGUCAGGAUUAGUGCAGUCAGCAUUUUAUAUUAGACUAGAAAGUACCUUUAGGGGAAAAAAAAAUAAAAAGCAACCAACUGCGAUUGGGUAACAUUGCCUAACUGAGAGAAAAUGCUUGGAGUGAAUACAGAACUGUUUUAAAUCUAAUUGGUUUUGGUCAGUUUAUAAGACUGAGGCUGUCCAGAUACAGGCAGCUCAUCUGUUGCUCAGUGCUGUAGACACCUAUUGUGCUUUGGUCAGAGAGAGGAAAGGUUCUAUCUAGUUUUUCCUUUGUGAAGAAGUAGCUAACAAAGAUUUAGUGUAUUUUGGAUAUAGUGUCUGAAGUGAGAGUGAAGAACCUACAUGUUGAGUUUGAGCGCUAAGCAUUCCAGUGUUAAAAAUAUUCCAACUUGCAUCUAGCUUAGAAUUUGUUCCAAAAAUACCAUGUUGGGAUAAAGCACUGAGCAGUCCAGCAUCUACCCUUAGCCCUUAAGGACACUCUGGAGUCUAAAUGCUUUUAAGUGAAACCUGGUAAGCUGGCUUGAUGAGCUGAGUCCGAUGGGAUGCAGUUCAGCAAGACCAAGUGCUGGAUACUGCAUUUUGGUUGCAAAAAAACUCCAUGCAUCACUACAGGCUUGGAGCAGAGUGGCUGGCAAGCUGCAUGGAGAAAGAUGUGGAGGUAUUUAUUAGUUGAUAGACAACCGAAUGUAAGCCAGCAGCGUGCCCAGGUGGUGAAGAAGGCCAACGGCAUCCUGGCUUGUAUCAGGUAUCAGAAAUAGUGUAGUUAGCAGGAUCAGGGAGGUGAUGAUCCCACUGUAUUCUGCACUGGUCACAGGAACGGAUUGAUGGUUGGAUCUUACUGGUCUUUCCAACCUUAAUGAUUCAAUGAACUUGUGGUAAAGCCAGGGUUUCAACUUCAUGCUAAAAACAACUGCAGUGUCAUGAUGGAAUGAUUUUUAAUUCUUCCUUCUUUCAGAAUUUUGCUACGUGGUUGUGAUGGUUCUUGUCACCACCAAGUGAGCAUAGCACAAUGAACCGCAGCAGCAGCUCUCCGUCUGAUGGGGAAACGCUGCGCGCGUAGCUUAGUCAUUGCCUCUGCGAGAUGGGUAAGUGCUUGUUGCUGUGUUUAACCCCUCUUUGACGAACAGGAAAAGAACUCAUCGUUGAAAAUGCGCUUCUUGACGCGGACUCACUGCUGGGGGAAGCGCUGUCGGUGGUGAACUUUACUGUCUAAAUUAAGGCAGCGGCCGUCGUGCUUCGCAGUCUCGCAACAGAACCGAGCGCUCCGCGGCCGAGGGCUGCUGCCCGCUCCUCAGGCGCGGGGCUGUGAGGGGAGCGGCGGGGCUGUGAGGGGAGCGGCGGGGCGGGCUGGGGCUCGGGGCGGCUUUUGCCGCGGGCGCUCCCGCUGUCUAGCGGCUUCGGGUAGAAUAAAACUUCAGUUCCACCUCUCGGGGCAGAGCGAGGGCACGGCGGGGCGGAGGGGUACCCGUAGUCCUCGCGGGGAAUGCCUUCCUCGAGUGUGAAGGGCAGCGAUAACCUUCGCUCUUCACGGGCGCUGCGGGCAGGAGGGGGAGGGCAUCGCCCGCGCUGUCCCUCUCCUUCCUUCCGCCCCCCCCGCCGCGGGCACGCAGGUGUCGGACGGGGCUGUGCUGCCCGCAGUACCAUGGCGGGGGCUGCGAGGGACGGCCCGGAGCGCCUGGAGGAAGAGGAGGAGAAGGAACAAGGGCUGUCUGUUUGCAGCAAGCUAUGCUAUGCCAUAGGAGGUGCCCCGAAUCAAGUGGCAGGAAGUGCAGCUUCCUUCUUCCUGCAGAUCUAUCUGCUGGAUAUAGCCCAUAUUACUCCAUUUCAUGCCUCUUUGGUGCUGUUUAUUGGCAAAGCCUCAGGAGCUGUUACUGAUCCCGUUGCUGGCUUUUUUAUUAGCAAAAGUAGAUGGACAAAAAUUGGCCGGCUCAUGCCUUGGAUGCUGGCAUGUACACCCUUCACAGUAGUGUCCUACUUUUUCAUGUGGUACCUGCCUCCUUUUGUAUCAGGAAGGGUUGUAUGGUACUUGACUUUCUACUGCAUUUUUCAAGCACUGACCACAUUAUUCCAAGUACCAUAUUCUGCUCUCACCAUGUUUCUCAGCACAGACCAGAAAGACAGAGAUUCUGCAACAGCGUACCGAAUGGCAAUGGAAGUCCUUGGGACCUUGGUUGGAGCUGCACUUCAGGGGCAAAUUGUGGCCAGUGCUCAUCUCUCUCAUCACUGCACUUUGAAUCCCCCAGUAAACACCACCAGCCCUACCCUCUCUUUGAACAACACUUCUGUCUUUCCCGAGCCUUCAGACCCCUUGUCUCAUCAAGCAAAAGUCUAUAUGAUGGCAGCAGGGGUUAUAGGAGGUAUAUAUCUUCUUGGAAUUAUCAUUCUUUUCCUUGGAGUAAAGGAAAAAGAUGAUCCUUAUGCCUUGAGUUCAGACAGAGCAAUUCCUUUUUGCAAGGGGCUUGGACUCACCAUGAAGCAUGGCCCAUAUGUGAAACUUACAGCUUCAUUUCUUCUCAUCUCAACAGCAGUUCAGCUAGAGCAGAGCAACUUUGUCCUAUUCUGUACUCAUGCAGCUGAUCUUCGCUAUCACUUCCAGUAUUUGGUGGUGACCAUCUUGGUAUCAGCAGUUGUGAGCGUUCCCUUCUGGCAGAAGUUUCUGCAGCGAUUUGGCAAGAAGUGUGCAGCAUGUGGGAUUUCGUGGAUGAUUCCUUUUGCAGCCAUGCUGGUGACCAUUCCAAACCCGAUCCUGGCUUACUUCGUGGCCUUUGUCUCUGGUCUGAGCAUUGCAGCAUCUCUGCUGUUGCCAUGGUCGAUGCUGCCUGAUGUUGUUGAUAACUUUCGCCUGGAGAAUCCUCACAGGAAAGGACAUGAAACCAUUUUCUAUUCUUCUUAUGUUUUCUUUACCAAGAUGUCAGCAGGAAUCGGCCUGGGAAUUUCUGCAGCUUGUCUGGAGUUUACUGGGUACAAGCCAGGAAUAUGCAGACAAUCCAAGGACGUGAUCCUCACUCUGAAAAUCCUCAUUGGAGCAGUUCCUGCCGUCCUCAUCCUCAUAGGUUUGCUUAUACUUCUCUUCUACCCAAUCACUGAAGAAAGUCGGAAAGAAACAAAGCUCGCACUUGAAGUGUUAAGAAGGAGCCAUCAAAGCACAGAGAACCUGGAUGACCACAAAGAGGACACCUCAGUCUGAAAGUUCUGAAUACAAAGACUUCCUAAACUCAAUUUCACAUCCCGCACACAAACUCUGUGAGAGUCUUCUGGGUCAUGUCCAUGCUCCCAUAUUGUCAGAAAGAAUAAAUAAUGAUUCUGAAAGUCAGUAAUGAAAUCAAGAGAGGGACAAAAAGUAGGUAUAAUUCCAUGCACUGUUCUAAAAGAGACAUUACAACCAUUCAGGAAUACAAGCUAUUGGAGAUUUGGGGUUUUUUGUUUCUUUGUUUUUCAGUGAUAACAUAAAGCUGUGAUAUUUUUGCAGCAGGAUGGUUUAUGAACUUGUAGGCCAAGGUAAAAGCAUGUACAUUUGGUGUACUACCCAAAUUUUAAUAUCUGAUAUGUAUCAGCCUCAGAGGCCAGGGUGGUUUCUGAACCUAUAAACCUAAUCUCUACCUAUAAAUUGCACACCGGUAUGGUUAGGAAGCACUUUGGAAUCCUGAUGUGUGCUAUAAACAUUUAGGAUUUCGCUAGUUUUGAAAUGAAACAAAUCACAAAUGCAAACAUGUUUUGAAGAUUUUCUCACAAAGAGUAAUUCUGGAAGAGGCUUUGAUGUAAUUUAACAUUAUAGAUUUUGUUUGAAACAGAACAUUAUGUUUCUCUCACUGGAGUUCCUUGUUUCACAUACCUUUGAACUGAUCUUUGUCAGAGUGUGAGCGCUUUAUUUUACAAGCAUCUCUGCUCAAGGUACCCCAAAUCAGUUGUCUCUUCCGAAAAUUAGAGUAUGCCAUUCAAAUUUAUGUAACUUUGGCCUUUAAGCAAUUGUGAUUCCCCCCUGUUUUUCAUUUGGUAUAGUCUCAUCCAUACAAAAUACCAUGGCAUUGCUGCUAAUCUCUGCUUGCACACAGUGUUUAAAAUAAUGAGGCUGUGUCUGACUGGUGAUUCUUUUCAGUUAGAGAUCUCAUCAUGCUUUAGGUACAUUAUCAGAAACCUCAUUUCUACUAUAGAUUCACACGCUGAACACAUUUUGUUGAUACAAGGUGCAACUAAUGGCUGGUGCUUUGUGGGGUAGUUAAGUUCAGGCCUAGUCAUUUGGGGCUUGAGGUGUCAAUGAAAAGACAGACAUCUCCAAUCUCAGGCUAAAAUGACAGGACUGUGAAGGAACAUAUCUAAAUUGGAGGAUGAUGAACCCAAGACUUAAUGGCUUGUUCUCAUGAAGAAAUCAGCACAGUGCAAGACAAGACACAAAUUUACAGUUCACUUUCUUCACUUAUGAACAUAUGGGAGGGUGCCUUAAUUCUGUACUGGAAGUGCCUUUGGACGAGCAGCACACCAUACUGGGAGGUGUCACUGGGGGCACUGAUCAUGACGAGUUUGCUCAGGGCCAUCUGGGGAGGCAAUAAUGGUGCUGGGACUAAAAACUGGUAAAGACUCUGUGAAAUAAAUCCAGUGCAUCCAAAGAGUGUCUCAUGAAGUUUAAUAUGGAACCCUAAACCUUUUCAGGCAAGUCUAAGGGCUAAUGAACUAUCCUAAUUUAGUAAAGUACUUAAUCACGAGUGAGCCUUUAAGGACGUAUUUUGAGUGUGCGUGGGUAAGAGUGAAUGAUGUUUAAGACUUGUAUUGAACUGACAUCUGGGGAUGGGGUUUUUUUAGGUUUCAGCUCCUGAACCAACCAAUAUUUGUAUUG